AUGAGAACAUUGGAAGAGUUUCUCGACAGUACAGAUCGAGAGAUGCAAAUAGAUACUGGGGUGAGAACGGGAGCACUUCAAUCCCCUCUUGAAAAUUCACCGCCUUUUCCCACUGCACAAACAGCGCAGAGACGGUCCUGGACCGUUUCACAUACGACACCAAGCCGAGCCAGUGAAAGGGAUCAUCCGUUGAAAGAUACGCCACCUGGAGUAGUUAGUGGGUCAGGCGGAUCUGGUGGUCCUGCGGUCAAAUUUGGUCGUUCCAAUACACUUAAACGGAAGUCACUUCUACAGCCCAUCAUUUCACCUUCACCGCACAACAAACCACAGGAACAUAAAGUUCAGUUGAGAGCAAGAUCCGGUAGUAAUGCCUCGAGGAGGUCGCGUACCAGUAGCUUACACUCAGAUGAACUGCCGUCAGAACCAGAUGUGAGCACACUUUUACAAGUCUUGGCCAGUAAGGAACAAGAAUUGCUUGAGGCCAAGCGCAGGAUCGAAGAAUUGAAGAAAUCGCUCUUUCAAGAGGAACACGGUGUCCAAGCAAGGCAGAGAGAACUUCAAGAUCUUAAACGGCGUGUAAGUCUCGCUUUGAUAGAAAACGAGGCUAAAGUUCCGACACCUAAGGCGCCACUACCAGCAGAUUCGAGUGAAUCUGGUAAGAUUGCAACUCAAGGUACGCCCAAUGAUGAUAGCGCGCAAAAGGAAUCUGUAUGGUCUAAACCGUUGUCGCUUUUCAAUCAAUUUGAUCAACUAAUACAGCAUGAACUUGAAAAGAAGCUUCACUGGGACGACGUUGAAGGGGGAAGCAACUCUCCACAAAAAGAUUCGGCCAGUGGAAAUAACGCCCAACCGCAAGUGCCCGAUGACGUUAUGGGCAACGUCUCUACUUCGCUAUGGAAUUUUGUCACCGACAUGAAGGCUGGCCUGCUCGGAAUAGAAGAGGAAACGACAAAUUCAAGCACAGAAUCCAAGAGACAGGAUGCAAAAGGACAGCAAGGUCCCUCGAGCAACCAUUUGAAGUUCGUAAACAGCGGCGAUAGUCAAAAAGACCAGCGGCAGGACCGGUCAUCGUCAGCAGAGGUCGAGCUGAUAGAGUUCAGGAAAGGCAGUUCCAAAUCCAGAUCCAAAUAG